AUGAAAUUGCGUCUAGUGUCGGCUGAUCAAGAUGUUCUCACCUCUGUUCGGUUCCAAUUGGAGAAGCUUUUCGAAGUUUUCCGGGUUCUAGAAGUGGCCUCCCGUGAUCCAAACCCUACCUUCACCAUCGUUCGUCCACCACCAAGGGGUUGGUCCAACUCCCAACUUCUCUUCUCCCCCGAUCCUCCACCUUCAACCAGUGCAUCAAUUCGAACUUCAAUUCUUCCCUGUCCCUCCCUCACAGGCCCCUUCAAUCUCCCCCUGAAGCCAUCUCCAAUCCCUUCUCGACCAUCGGAGUACAUGCUCUUGACUCCUCGAGCACAAUGGCCUGGAGAUCUCGCAGGUUUUGGAGAGAAUUCAGGUGGCGGAUCUGGGUCAUAUCUUGAUCCUCAUCUUGCUGCAGCUCUUCUCAAACUCUGGCUCAGAGAAAUGGCCACCCCUCUAAUACCUAAUUGUUUAACUUCUGAAGUCUUUGCUGCCGCUAUUGAAGCGGAAGCCCUCGAGAAGUCAGUGGGUAGUGGAGUGGGGUCAAAUUUAUCAGGGCUUGAGCCAAUUGAAAGGUGUUGUGCUAUGGUGAGACGUCUUCCAAGUAUUAAUAGACGAGUACUGCUGUAUCUUAUUAAGUUGUGUCAGCACCUCGCACUACCGGAAAAUUCAAGUACAUCUCUAAUGGAUGCUCGUAAUUUGGCCACAGUGAUAGCGCCCAAUCUCUUCCGUUCGGCUUCGAAUAACCCCAGUGAGCUACUCAACUCAGUACAAUCACAGACUGCCUUCGUUCGACUACUCAUUUGUCACCUUGACGUUGACACAGAAUCCGCCUUACUCAACGCGGAAGGAUCAACAGCAAGUGAGAAUUCGGAAGUUGCAGGCUCUGAAAAUGGAAUAAAUCCAUCGAACACUCGAUGUUGA